CCAAAUUUCAACUUAUUGACCCGGGUCAACCCGAUCCAUAGCUUCGAUAUAUUUCUACUUUUCAUUUAUACUCGAAACAGAACACAUUCUUCCUUUUCUCUUGGAAGGGGAGAACGAAAUCACCAAACCCUCGAUAUGGCGAAACAUUCACGAGCAAACAACUCCUCCGAUAAUUACAUGUCAGAUUCCUCUUUGGAGGAAGAGGUGAUCAAGGAUCAUCCGGUCGACGUUGAGGAGGACGAUGAGGAGCUUGAAGCUGUAGCUCGUACGGCCGAGGAUUCUGAUGUAGAAGGUGAUGAUGACGACGCUGUUGCUCAAGAAGAUAACGAAAAUGAGGAAGAUGAUGCUGUUGCAAAUGAAAUCUCGAAGCAUGAAAAAACAAGGCUUAAGGAAAUGCAGAGGAUGAAGAAGCAGAAAAUACAAGAAAUAUUAGAUGCCCAGAAUGCUGCUAUUGAUGCCGACAUGAAUAACAAAGGAAAAGGAAGAUUGAACUAUCUAUUGCAGCAAACAGAGUUAUUUGCACAUUUUGCUAAGGGUGACCAGCCUGUCUCUCAGAAGAAGGUUAAAGGAAAGGGUCGCCAUGCGUCUAAGUUAACUGAAGAAGAAGAAGAUGAGGAGUGUCUGAAAGAGGAAGAGGAUGGUCUUUCAGGCACUGGGAAUACGAGGCUAGUGGCUCAACCAUCAUGUAUUCAAGGAAAGAUGAGAGACUACCAGCUUGCUGGUUUAAAUUGGAUGAUACGGUUAUAUGAGAAUGGCAUUAACGGAAUUCUGGCUGAUGAAAUGGGGCUGGGUAAAACUUUGCAAAGCAUCUCCUUACUGGGCUAUUUGCAUGAGUUCCGAGGAAUAACUGGCCCUCACAUGGUUGUUGCGCCUAAGUCUACACUUGGCAACUGGAUGAAUGAAAUGAAGAGGUUUUGCCCAGUAUUGCGUGCUGUAAAGUUUCUUGGAAAUCCUGAUGAAAGAAGAUACAUACGUGAGGAGUUACUAGUGGCUGGCAAGUUUGAUGUUUGUGUCACAAGUUUUGAAAUGGCCAUCAAAGAAAAGACUGCAUUGCGCCGUUUUAGCUGGCGCUAUAUUAUUAUUGAUGAAGCACAUCGCAUCAAGAAUGAAAAUUCUCUUCUCUCAAAAACGAUGAGGCUCUAUAAUACUAACUAUCGACUUCUAAUUACUGGGACCCCACUUCAGAACAAUCUCCAUGAACUCUGGGCUCUCCUUAAUUUUUUGCUUCCGGAGAUAUUUAGCUCUGCUGAAACUUUUGACGAAUGGUUCCAAAUUUCUGGUGAAAAUGAUCAGCAGGAAGUUGUCCAGCAACUUCACAAGGUUCUUCGGCCUUUCCUUCUCAGAAGAUUGAAGUCUGAUGUUGAGAAAGGUUUACCUCCAAAGAAGGAAACAAUACUUAAAGUUGGCAUGUCUCAAAUGCAAAAGCAAUACUAUAGGGCACUACUGCAGAAAGAUCUUGAAGUUGUAAAUGCUGGUGGAGAGCGCAAACGUCUUCUUAAUAUAGCCAUGCAGCUACGAAAAUGUUGUAAUCAUCCAUAUUUAUUUCAAGGUGCUGAACCUGGGCCACCUUAUACCACUGGAGAUCAUCUCAUUGAAAAUGCAGGCAAGAUGGUUCUUCUUGACAAGUUGCUUCCAAAAUUGAAGGAGCGUGAUUCCAGAGUCUUGAUAUUUUCACAGAUGACAAGGCUACUGGACAUUCUUGAAGACUACUUGAUGUUCCGUGGAUACUACUAUUGUCGAAUUGAUGGAAAUACUGGUGGUGAUGAUCGAGACUCUUCUAUUGAGGCCUUCAACAAACCUGGAAGCGAAAAGUUUGUCUUUCUACUGUCAACCAGAGCUGGAGGUCUUGGUAUCAACCUUGCCACUGCUGAUGUUGUCAUUCUUUACGACAGUGACUGGAACCCGCAGGUUGAUUUGCAGGCGCAAGAUCGAGCUCAUAGGAUUGGACAGAAAAAGGAAGUACAGGUCUUUCGGUUUUGUACUGAGUAUACCAUUGAAGAAAAAGUGAUUGAAAGGGCUUAUAAAAAGCUUGCUCUUGAUGCCUUGGUUAUCCAACAAGGGCGGCUAGCUGAGCAAAAGACUGUUAAUAAGGAUGAGCUACUGCAAAUGGUAAGGUUUGGUGCUGAAAUGGUUUUCAGCUCCAAAGACAGCACAAUCACUGAUGAAGAUAUAGAUAGGAUUAUUGCCAAGGGAGAGGAGGCAACAGCUGAACUUGAUGCGAAGAUGAAGAAAUUUACCGAAGAUGCUAUCAAAUUUAAAAUGGAUGAUAGUAGGCUUCUUAUUCUUCACUUGGUUCUUGAUGUUGCUUACUUUCUUGAACUUAUUGUGUUUUUUUCCCUUUUCUUUCGUAACUCGUGUUUCUCUGUGCUGGUAAAGGAUGAAAAUAAGUUUGAUUUCAAGAAAAUAGUCAGUGAAAAUUGGAUCGAACCACCAAGAAGAGAGAGGAAGCGCAAUUACUCUGAAUCGGAGUACUUCAAGCAGACAAUGAGACAAAGUGGUUCCGCAAGACCAAAAGAGCCUCGAAUUCCCCGCAUGCCACAGUUUAUAACAAAGUUGUCUGCAUCUCUCACAUUUCUCGUUGUUUACAGGCACGAUUUCCAGUUCUUCAACACGCAGCGCCUUAGUGAGCUCUAUGAAAAAGAAGUGCGCUAUCUUAUGCAAGCAAACCAAAGGAAUCAAGUUAAGGACACUUUAGAGGUGGAAGAACGAGAAGAGGGGGGUGACCCAUUGACUGUUGAGGAGCAGGAAAGAAGGAGCAACUUCUGGAAGAGAAGAGAUUUUAACGCCUUCAUCAGGGCAUGUGAAAAAUAUGGUCGAAAUGAUAUCAGGAGUAUUGCUUCUGAAGUGGAGGGGAAAACAUUGGACGAAGUAGAAAGAUAUGCAAAGGUCUUCAAGGAAAGAUAUAAAGAAUUGAAUGAGUAUGAUAGGAUUAUUAAAAAUAUUGAAAGAGGAGAAGCCAGAAUUUCACGGAAAGAUGAGAUCAUGAAAGCUAUUGGGAAGAAAUUGGACCGUUAUAAGAACCCUUGGCUGGAGUUGAAAAUCCAGUAUGGGCAGAACAAAGGGAAGUUGUACAAUGAAGAAUGUGAUCGCUUCAUGAUAUGCAUGGUCCACAAGCUUGGCUAUGGUAACUGGGACGAGCUGAAGGCAGCGUUUCGUACUUCACCUUUGUUUCGCUUUGAUUGGUUCGUAAAAUCGCGUACAACUCAAGAGAUUGCAAGGAGAUGUGAUACGCUAAUUCGGUUGGUGGAGAGAGAAAACCAAGAAUAUGAUGAGAAGGAGAGACAGGCACGCAAAGAGAAAAAACUAGAAAAGGUAACCCCUCCUAUUUAUGAUGAAUCUUGCACAGAAGAGGAAAUGAUGUCAGAUAGUGCUUUCAAACUUUCAUUUGUUAUCUUUUUGCCUUGAUAGAAAUUGAACUGCCAUUUGGCUGCGAUUUUCUCUCAGUUUUGGCUUAUUGGUUUUUGGGACAGUAGUAACCAAAGGCCUACUUAGAUUAUUUAUGUUAUUUAGAUGCAAGAAGUCCCUCGUUCGAAUAUGGGAGGCCUCCUUAGAUGAUUAAUGCUAGAGUAGCUAUUGAAUUACUGGUAUUUUGAACGCGAAACCAGUGAUCUAUUAUGUUUGGCCAGUUUUUAGUGCCGAAAAUGUCAAGUGUACUUGUUUUGAACUUUUAUAAGUAUAAUAUGCCUACUAAGUUGGUAAUUCACUCUUGUCAUGCGGGUAUGUCAUAUAACGAAUUGGCUGGCAUUUGUGACAAAAUUGUUUGUAAAUGUCAUAUUUUUCUCUUC